AUGCGGCCUCGCGGCUACAGCAUCGAUGGCGCCGGCAUCCCCAGCGUGCACGGCACGAGCGCCCUCGGCGCCCACCUGUCGUUCGGCUCCUCGGGCCUCGCACCUCGGCCGCUUGGCUACGGCGCUCCGCUCAGCCCGGCUGCGGCCGCGCCCGGCGGCCCGCCGCUGCCGCCGCAGAAGCAGCGCCGUAUUUCGGCGCCAUCCUUUGCAGCGAGCGCGCUCGACGCCGAAGUGGAGCCGCAUGGCGGCCGCUUUGACCAGGGUUUGACCGGCGGCGGCGGCGGCAGCCCGGCACUGCUUCAAGCGCAGGAGCUACUGCAGCAGGCGGCGGGAUGGCAGCAGUUUGGAGCCCCGUUCGGCACCGGCCCCAGCGCCUUGUAUGAGGACGCCCGACAGCAAGGCUUGCUGGCUGCGAUGCAAUCCCUUGGCAUUGGUGCCGCCGGCAGCGGCUGCGAGUCCGCGGCCACGGAUUGGCAGGCGGCCGCCGCGACCGCUGCUGCUAUGCAGGCCCUUCAGGCGCAGGCGGCUGGGGGCAGCGCGCUGGCCGAUGCGAUGACAGGCUACGCUCACGCGCACGCCAUGCAGGGCGCGGCACUGGGACAGGGUUCGGUCUUCCAGCAUGCGUAUCAAGCCGCCCUCCUCCACCACCACCAACAGCAACAGCAGCAGGCCGGCGCGCUCGCGGCGCAGCAGCAGCUGCAGUUGCAGCUGCUGGCCGCGCAGGCCGCCCAGGCCGCGGCGGCGGCCGCUGUGGCGCAGCACGAGCACCAUGCAGGCGCGUGGCAAGCGCUGCAGGCCGUGGCAGGCGUGGGGCAGCAACAGCAGCAGCAGCAGCAGCAGCAGCAGCAGCAGUAUCAGGCCCUUCUGUCCACGGCCGCCGCAGGCGCGCGGCCAAGCCGCGGCAGCCUGAGCGCGCCCCUGCCCGGCGUCGGCGGGCCCGGCGGCCGCCGCGCCGGCCGCCAGAGCGACGUCGGCGCGGGCGUGCGCGACGCGCACGGGCGGCGAUCGUUUGACCGGGGCCUCGUCGCCGGCGGCCCAGCGGAGAGGCAGAGCGGCAGCUGUGUGUCGGCGCCGCUGCAGCUGUGGGACGAGGCGCCGGACUACCGCCGUGUGUUUAUCGGCAACCUGGCGUGGUGGGUGGACGAGGACAUGCUGAGUCAGAGCUUCGAGCAGUUUGGCACCGUCAUCGACGUGCAGAUCAUGUGGAACACCAAGAUGCGCGGCAAGGGCAAGAAGAUCAACCGCGAGUUUGGCUUCCUGUCCUUCUCGACCCCCGAGGAGGCCGCCACCGCUAUCCACUGGAUGCACGGCGCCGUGAUCGAGGGGCUGACUAAGGACGGCGACGGGCUGACCGUGCAAUACGAGGCGCAGGGCACCAGCAAGCCCGCGGCGGCGCCAGCUGGCGGCGCCGGCGCGGCGGGCGGGGCGCCGGCGGGGGCCCGGGGGCCGCUGCGGGAGCUCGCCAUGCAACAGCAGCAGCAGCAGCAGCAGCAGCAGCAGCAGCAGCGCGCACAGGGCAUAAGCAUGGCGGGGCUGCUACCGCCCGCCGGCGGGCUCGCACUCGCAGGGCCGGCAGGGAAGCAGUUGGCCGGCGCGGCGGCGCGGCCGCCGCCGGGGCUGGAGCAGCAGGCGGCGAUGGCGGCGGCUGCACAGCAGCUGCUCGCUGCGGCCGCCGGGGCCGCCGCUAGCGACGGAGGCUCCAAUGCAAGGACGCCACCCCCUAUGUGA